AUGCUGAAGCCAACAGUCCCGCGGCUGCUCCGAUGUAUCCCAAAAAGAAAAUUGCUGAAGGCUCCCUAUCGCAGAUACGCUACCUCAGAUCGCACAUCCGAUCGUGUCGCCACGAAUGAUCCCUCGCCCCCAGCUCCUACCCAAAAUGUAUCUGACAGCAAUGCUGUUCCCAUAUCACCACAGGGUCUACGUGAUUCUGAUCAGCCAUUACAAGAACUGCCAGAAGAUAGCGAGAGACAACGGGUAAGCAACAAUAUGUUCAAUAUCAAGUUUAAGAUAUUUGCGACCUCCGUUCUACGUUCUACCAGGAGAAUGAUACACUGA